AUGAACCUAUCUAAUAAUGACUUAAUUAAAAAAUGCCUUGAAGAAGUGCAUAUUAAAUUUUACGAAUUUUCACACUUUAAGAAUGUUAAGUUUAUUGUAGAAGGAGGAUAUGGAAAUGUAUACCGUGCUACUCUCAAGAAUAAUGAAAUUACCGUCGCAUUAAAAUCAUUUAAGAACAAUGUUGACAUUAAAGAACUUAAAUUACAUUGUAGAGUGGAUGUACAUUCUAAUAUUACACGCUUACUUGGUGCUACUAAGAAUGAAAAAGAUGAUAUGGAACAACAUCAGCUUGCAUCAUUACUUUUAGAUAUUAAAGAUGGUGUUCGAGAAAGUCCUAUUGAAGGAACACCGCAAGCAUAUAUAAAAAUAUAUACAG